AAACUGGAGGAGGAGAAGGGAAAGAAAGAGCAGGAACGCCAGGAGAUCGACAAGGACAGGAGGGAGAGGGACAAGGAGAGGGAGAGAGAGAGGGAGCGCCGGGACCGCGAGAGGGAGAAGGAGAGAGAGAAGGAGCUGGAAAGAAACGACAACAACAAGGAGAGAGAGCGGGACAGAGACCGGGACCGGAUCGAUCGGGAACGUGACCGGACGAAGGAGAGAGAAAGGGAGAGGGGAGAGAGGGAACGAGGAGAGAGGGAACGAGGAGAGAGGGAACGAGGAGAGCGGGAACGAGGAGAGAGGGAACGAGGAGAGCGGGAACGCGUGAAGGAGAGGAGUCGAGAAGUCAGCAAAGACCGCAGUAGAUCCAGGUUGGUAUGAGGUUAACUCUGAAACAGCCUGAACCCAGAUCCAGGUUGGUAUGAGGUUAACACUGAAACAGCCUGAUCCAGGUUGGUAUGAGGUUAACUCUGAAACAGCCUGAUCCAGGUUGGUAUGAGGUUAACACUGAAACAGCCUGAUCCAGGUUGGUAUGAGGUUAACUCUGAAACAGCCUGAUCCAGGUUGGUAUGAGGUUAACUCUGAAACAGCCUGAACCCAGAUCCAGGUUGGUAUGAGGUUAACACUGAAACAGCCUGAACCCAGAUCCAGGUUGGUAUGAGGUUAACUCUGAAACAGCCUGAACCCAGAUCCAGGUUGGUAUGAGGUUAACACUGAAACAGCCUGAACCCAGAUCCAGGUUGGUAUGAGGUUAACACUGAAACAGCCUGAACCCAGAUCCAGGUUGGUAUGAGGUUAACACUGAAACAGCCUGAACCCAGAUCCAGGUUGGUAUGAGGUUAACACUGAAACAGCCUGAACCCAGAUCCAGGUUGGUAUGAGGUUAACUCUGAAACAGCCUGAACCCAGAUCCAGGUUGGUAUGAGGUUAACUCUGAAACAGCCUGAACCCAGAUCCAGGUUGGUAUGAGGUUAACACUGAAACAGCCUGAACCCAGAUCCAGGUAGGUAUGAGGUUAACACUGAAACAGCCUGAACCCAGAUCCAGGUUGGUAUGAGGUUAACACUGAAACAGCCUGAACCCUGAUCCAGGUAGGUAUGAGGUUAACACUGAAACAGCCUGAACCCAGAUCCAGGUUGGUAUGAGGUUAACACUGAAACAGCCUGAACCCAGAUCCAGGUUGGUAUGAGGUUAACACUGAAACAGCCUGAACCCAGAUCCAGGUUGGUAUGAGGUUAACACUGAAACAGCCUGAACCCAGAUCCAGGUUGGUAUGAGGUUAACACUGAAACAGCCUGAACCCAGAUCCAGGUUGGUAUGAGGUUAACACUGAAACAGCCUGAACCCAGAUCCAGGUUGGUAUGAGGUUAACACUGAAACCAGCCUGAACCCAGAAUCCAGGUUGGUAUGAGGUUAACACUGAAAACAGCCUGAACUCAGGAUCCAGGUUGCUAUGAGGUUAACACUGAAACAGCCUGAACCCGAUCCAGGUUGGUAUGAGGUUAACACUGAAAACAGCCUGAACCCAGAUCCAGGUUGGUAUGAGGUUAACACUGAAAACAGCCUGAACCCUGAUCCAGGUUGGUAUGAGGUUAACACUGAAAACAGCCUGAACCCAGAUCCAGGUUGGUAUGAGGUUAACACUGAAACAGCCUGAACCCAGAUCCCAGGUUGGUAUGAGGUUAACACUGAAACAGCUGAACCCAGAUCCAGGUUGGUAUGAGGUUAACACUGAAACAGCCUGAACCCAGAUCCAGGUUGGUAUGAGGUUAACACUGAAACAGCCUGAACCCAGAUCCAGGUUGGUAUGAGGUUAACACUGAAACAGCCUGAACCCAGAUCCAGGUUAGGUAUGAGGUUUAACACUGAAACAGCCUGAACCCAGAUCCAGGUUGGUAUGAGGUUAACACUGAAACAGCCUGAACCCAGAUCCAGGUUGGUAUGAGGUUAACACUGAAACAGCCUGAACCCAGAUCCAGGUUGGUAUGAGGUUAACACUGAAACAGCCUGAACCCAGAUCCAGGUUGGUAUGAGGUUAACACUGAAACAGCCUGAACCCAGAUCCAGGUUGGUAUGAGGUUAACACUGAAACAGCCUGAACCCAGAUCCAGGUUGGCUAUGAGGUUAACACUGAAACAGCCUGAACCCAGAUCCAGGUUGGUAUGAGGUUAACACUGAAACAGCCUGAACCCAGAUCCAGGUUGGUAUGAGGUUAACACUGAAACAGCCUGAACCCAGAUCCAGGUUGGUAUGAGGUUAACACUGAAACAGCCUGAACCCAGAUCCAGGUAGGUAUGAGGUUAACACUGAAACAGCCUGAACCCAGAUCCAGGUUGGUAUGAGGUUAACACUGAAACAGCCUGAACCCAGAUCCAGGUUGCUAUGAGGUUAACACUGAAACAGCCUGAACCCAGAUCCAGGUUGGUAUGAGGUUAACACUGAAACAGCCUGAACCCAGAUCCAGGUUGGUAUGAGGUUAACACUGAAACAGCCUGAACCCAGAUCCAGGUUGGUAUGAGGUUAACACUGAAACAGCCUGAACCCAGAUCUAGGUUGGUAUGAGGUUAACACUGAAACAGCCUGAACCCAGAUCCAGGUUGGUAUGAGGUUAACACUGAAACAGCCUGAACCCAGAUCCAGGUUGGUAUGAGGUUAACACUGAAACAGCCUGAACCCAGAUCCAGGUUGGUAUGAGGUUAACACUGAAACAGCCUGAACCCAGAUCCAGGUUGGUAUGAGGUUAACACUGAAACAGCCUGAACCCAGAUCCAGGUUCCAGGCUGAAUACAGACAUCUGGUCAGCUGUAGAAGUGGUGAGUGUUUUAAAGUCACGUCUCUCUGUGUGUCUCUUCCUGUAGAGAACGGAGCCGUGAUGAGAAACAGCACGACCGUGAGGAGGACCAGGAGGAGGCGUACGAACGCAGGAAACAGGAGAGGAAGAUGAGGGACAAGGAGGCUGCCUACCAGGAAGUGAGUUAGACACGUCGUCCCACGUUGACGAGGCUUGGGCCGAAUGUAUACCCUACGCAAGAACGACACGCCGUUAAGUUGCAGAAAUACACUGUAAUAUUGCCUUGCUAACUGCUUCCUGCUAAUUAUGCUUUUCCCGCUGCAAUAUGCUGUCGUAGCGCGGAACGGCGCGGAACACAGCCAGUCUGAACUCUUUCUGAUGUCUCGUUCCCUCAGGCAUAAGGCACUUAGGGGUUACGUCUCAAAUGGCACCCUAUUCCCUAUAUAGUGCACUACUUUAGACCAGAGCGCUAUGGGCCCUGGUGCACUGUAUAGGGAAUAUGGUGCCGUUUGGGACAGAACCACUGUGUUCAUACUGGCUCUGCCUUGAGAGAACUCAGUACAAGACCUGUCUAUGUAUAUAUUCAAAUUACCGUUUGUUUGGAUUCCUGGAUGUUGAUUGGUUGAAACAGCAUUCCAGCUGUGUGUAUAUCAGAUGUUGUUGCUCCAUUUCUUUCAGCGUCUGAAGAACUGGGAGAUCAGAGAGAGGAAGAAGGCUCGGGACUACGACAAAGAGAACCAGAGAGAGCAGGAGAGACGCCAUGAGAUGGUCAUAAAGAUGAAUACAUGCUCUCUGAUUCUAUAUAUGCCUUCUAUAAGAAUACAUGCUCUCUGAUUCUAUAUAUGCCUUCUAUAAGAAUACAUGCUCUCUGAUUCUAUAUAUGCCUUCUAUAAGAAUACAUGCUCUCUGAUUCUAUAUAUGCCUUCUAUAAGAAUACAUGCUCUCUGAUUCUAUAUAUGCCUUCUAUAAGAAUACAUGCUCUCUGAUUCUAUAUAUGCCUUCUAUAAGAAUACAUGCUCUCUGAUUCUAUAUAUGCCUUCUAUAAGAAUACAUGCUCUCUGAUUCUAUAUAUGCCUUCUAUAAGAAUACAUGCUCUCUGAUUCUAUAUAUGCCUUCUAUAAGAAUACAUGCUCUCUGAUUCUAUAUAUGCCUUCUAUAAGAAUACAUGCUCUCUGAUUCUAUAUAUGCCUUCUAUAAGAAUACAUGCUCUCUGAUUCUAUAUAUGCCUUCUAUAAGAAUACAUGCUCUCUGAUUCUAUAUAUGCCUUCUAUAAGAAUACAUGCUCUCUGAUUCUAUAUAUGCCUUCUAUAAGAAUACAUGCUCUCUGAUUCUGUGAAUCUGUACUGCCACAUACAAGGAGUAUGUAAUCAGUUGACUUGUCCUGGCCUCUGAUGCUGUCUAAAUCUGUGAUGUGUGGAUACAUUGAGUUAGUAUGUAAUCCUGAGUUCUUCCUCCAGACAAAAGAAGGCAAGCGUCUGAAAGAGUUCCUGGAGGACUAUGACGACGACAGAGAUGACUCAAAAUACUAC